GAAAGGAGAUGGCUGGUUAGCUGGUGAGCGAUUGGAAUUACACUACAGCGGAAAACGUAGCCAACUGGCCAGAUUAUGAACGGUGAAAGAUCCAGACUGGACUCCCCCCUGUACGGGUGAUGGCAGAACGUCUGCAGUCAUAUGACAGUAACUCCAGUGACACCGAAAACUGGGAACGAAAAGCAACAAGCCGACCUCGCAAACUCUGCAGGCAUUCGAGGUGAGCCAGCUGACAAUCUGUCAGACCUCCUGUGAAAAGAUAAUAUGGCAUAAGAGUAGAAAAUAUUAGGUAUUGCUCAAAGCUAUUUCUAAUAUAUCAGAUGAUAAACUUACAGUAUCUGUAUCUGUGUAUCACAUUAUUUAUCUGUAGAUUUUACAUGGCUCUUGUCUUGUAUUAAGUGAUAGGUGUACCCUUAGUAUAAAGUUAAUUUCAAAGCAACUAGUAGAUGAAUAGGGCAAUAUAUACAGUGAGAUAAUAUAUAUGUGUCAAUGGUCAAAGAUUUUGCCAAACAGCUUGUACCAAAGUAACUAUCCCUUUAAUAUCACUUGUUGUAUGGUGUCAUUAUAAGUUAUGUUACAGAUCAAUUAGCAGGACUGUUUUAUGGCAGUAUUUGAUAUUUGUAAUAUUUGUAAAUUUUAUUAAUUUCCUUGAAUGGCUGGGUAUUCAAUUUACUGGAUUAGCCUAAAACAGCGAUUCCCAUUUGGUAAUUUUUUCUAGUCUAGUUUCUCUGGUGUGUCAGAUGUUUGUAUAAAGUUAACUUGAUAUGGACAUCACGCUCCACAAUUACACAUACCAUGAUAGAGGUUUUUAUAUAUAUUGCCCUCCCCUACCCCCAAUAAUCACAGCGUCAUGAUACUGGUAAUUCUGUGGUAGGCAAUAUAUUGCAAGACAAGUAUCUACAAUAUGUCAUAAUAUCUGUGUAACUGAUGAGGGAACUAUUUUCCAAAACGGCAAUGGAGUUUUUGAAAAGCACCGAGUGUUUAUUUGUUCACUAAAGUGCAAGGGGCUUUAAGUUUGAGCCUCAUUGACACACACGUACAUAUUCCACUUUGCGUCAGUCUUAGCCAACAAUGACCACCACACGCACCUCAGGGUGGUUAUCCUGGUUAGUUUUGGUUAUGGAAGGUAUUUUUCUCCACUCCUGUUAACUAAUGUGAUAACCCUAAUCUAAUGUAUGGUACUGGUUCCUCCAUCCUACCCUGUGAGGUCCUUUUCCUGUAGCAUUUCCGUUUUUGUUUCUUUUUUUCUACUGAAGGAACAAUAGAAAUGCAGAUAGGAUGGCAGAAUAGGGUAGGCAGGAAGAGUUCAGACUUGUGCAUUGGGUCUUAGGCCAAGGGGGGUGUUCCUGUGAUGUUUGUCUGUGGUCGGUGAGUGGGUUUGUACUGACUACACAUUAUUACCCUGCAGCUGUGCCUAUAACCUCUUCCUUUUCUCCCAUUUAUAAAAUGAAUAACUUGCUGAUGUUUUUUUUGUCAGAAAGCAGAUUUGGUCUGUCAGAAACUAAUAUUAAAUGAACAGUUGCGUAGUGCAGUAUCCUAUGUCUUCUGGUGCAUUUACAAUCUUUUUGCACUUGGCUCUACGUGUACUUCCUUCCUUGAUUAGAUUACACAAGAACUGUGUUAAAGCUCAGGCAUCUCUGAUUUUGGUUUAGUGUCGAUAAAACAUCAAAGGUAAUGGCAACACGACUUGGCUGCAUUCCAAGUGUGUGUGUCAUACUCACACUAACUGUUGAGAAUAGUUGUGUGUACACCAGGUGAAGAAGAUAAACACUGUGACAACCCUGUUAAAGUGUGAAAUCUAUCCCAUGUUCUGCAGCAGUCAGGCCCGAGCAUCUCGAGUGGAGGCAGAACAGAGGAAGAUGAGCCUGCAUGGUGCCAGUGGAGGCUGUGACCGCUCACGUGACCGCCGCCGCUCUAGCGAUCGCUCCAGGGACUCCUCACAUGAGAGAGAAGGCCAGCUUACCCCCUGCAUUCGCAACGUCACCUCACCCACUCGCCAACACAACAGUGACCGUGAACGAGAUGGUGGCCCGUCAUCGAGGCCCAGUAGUCCACGGCCUCAGAGAGUCUCUCCCAGUGGCUCCAGCAGCAGUGGGGUGGUGAGCAGUCGCACCAGCAGCCUGUCCAGUACUGAAGGCACCUUCAAGAGCUUGGGAGUUGGAGAAAUGAUUUUUGUCUACGAGAAUCCCAAGGAGGGAGGAGCAAGUGCCACUGUUGGAAACCGAAACAUUAGGACCUUAGAAAGAGUCACUCUGAUUGUUGACAACACACGCUUUGUAGUAGAUCCUUCCAUCUUCACUGCACAACCCAAUACCAUGUUGGGCAGAAUGUUUGGAUCAGGAAGAGAACAUAAUUUCACACGACCCAACGAGAAGGGGGAGUACGAGGUGGCUGAGGGCAUUAGCUCAACAGUUUUCCGAGCAAUUCUGGAUUACUACAAAUCUGGGAUAAUCCGGUGUCCUGAUGGAAUCUCCAUCCCUGAGUUGCGGGAGGCUUGUGACUAUCUAUGCAUCUCCUUCGACUACAGCACCAUCAAAUGCAGAGAUCUUAGUGCCCUGAUGCAUGAGCUGUCCAAUGACGGAGCUCGGCGACAAUUUGAGUUUUACCUGGAGGAAAUGGUUCUGCCUUUGAUGGUGGCCAGUGCCCAGAGUGGCGAGAGGGAAUGUCACAUUGUAGUCCUUACUGAUGAUGAUGUGGUUGACUGGGAUGAAGAAUACCCACCACAAAUGGGAGAAGAGUAUUCACAGAUCAUCUACAGCACAAAACUGUACAGAUUUUUCAAGUAUAUUGAGAACCGAGAUGUUGCCAAAUCAGUUUUAAAGGAGAGAGGAUUAAAGAAAAUAAGACUGGGCAUUGAAGGCUACCCUACAUAUAAAGAGAAAGUCAAAAAACGACCAGGAGGUCGCCCAGAGGUAAUUUACAACUACGUCCAGAGGCCCUUUAUCCGCAUGUCCUGGGAAAAGGAAGAGGGUAAAAGCCGCCACGUGGACUUCCAGUGUGUCAAGUCCAAGUCCAUCACUAACCUGGCGGCUGCAGCAGCAGACAUCCCCCAGGACCAGCUGGUGGUGAUGCACCCUGGCCCCCAGGUGGAUGAACUGGACAUCCUGCCUAAUCACCCACCUAGUGGGAAUCACUACAACAACAACUACAGCAACGAGCCUGACCCUGAUGCACCUUCACCUGCUGUCUGAGGACACACUGGUCCUCUUUCAAUGCCUCUGCCCUCUCUCCUACUCCUCUAGUCCUACUCCCAGCAUGCUGCAGCAUGGAGCGCCAGGGGCACCAUAACCAUAUUGCCUUGACACCUCCUUUGCAGCCUUAGAGCCUCAAGAACCUGGUUGACUGUAUGUAGAAAAUGAAACACGAGGGACAUAAGACUGGUGAAAGGAAAAGUUAACUAUUAUUUUCAUUUAGUUUUUUACUUGACCAAAGGAAUUUAUUUUUAUGUUUGGGGGGAAAAAAUAGUAAAACACUUAUUAUUAACAUUAUUAUUUACAAUGUUAUUGUACUUUCAUUUGAUGGGUUUGGCUGAGCACUGUUGUGGUGUCACUGUUUUCUCACAAUUAAUUUCACUGAUAAGUUUGAUUUUGACUCUUGUGUGGCCUAACUACUAAAUGUGCUUUGGGGGAAAGAAUACAAGACUUGCUAUUAAAAAAAAAAAAAAAAGAGAGUGACUUUCGGGUCAUGGAGAAAAUCAGUUAUCACCUUGUCGUGAUCUCCAGUUGAACUCCUCUCAGAUGUCUUGUAUGAAAAAAUAUCUUGUAAUUGGGUAUGUAGUCAUUGGCUGGAUUUGAUAUGUGAUGUUUUGCUCCUCCCCGCAGCCAAGAUAUUAAGCAGAGCACAGGCUGUUGUGGUCAGAAUCUUUUUGUGCAAAGCUUGAAAUUGUUGUUUAAAAAUAAAAACGUAAAAUCAUCAAAUAAAGAUAUCAAAAUAA